AUGACCGAACAACAGAAGCAUAGGAAGCCAUUCUUUGUACACAAGCAUUUUCGUGCAGUCCUUUUUAGAAGAUGGGUUAUGUUCAAGCGCUCAUGGAAGGCGAUCGUUACAUCUUCUGUCGGUACAAUUGUUUUUUCUGCUCUAGCCAUUAUUUGCUAUUAUUUGAUGGUCACCUUUAUGAAAUCUGAUACAGAACCAUUUACCUUCAAGACAUUUAAGACAAAUUCCCCAUAUUUCGUUGCCGUUAACCAGACAAAUUUGGCUGGACAAUUACAAACACCAGGAUUUCAAGAUAUCUAUGAUGAAUUUGCCCAAGUAUAUAAAGAUGAUACCGGAAAGGAUAUCAAGUACCUUUAUUUCGACAACAUUUCCGACUGCAACAAAUUUAUGUACGACCAUGCCACCGAUACGACCGAUGAUAUUGAGUAUAUCAACUUUGGAUACUCAUAUAAUGGAAGAAUUGCUACUACAUUUAAUGUGACAGGUAUGCCAAUGCCAAUUCCAAUCUUUCCGUAUAAUUUCACUUUGAUUUACAACGCAACAUUCAAUCGUGCACUUAGAAUCAGCCAAAUCAACCUCUUCAGAGUUUUAUGGAAGCUUACAUUUGGUCACGAAUAUGAUUUUGAUGUUAGCUACAUCAGACUUUACUUACAACUCCAGCAAAUGGCUUUCGGACAAUUAGGACCAAUGCUUAUUGCUGCAGGCCUUUGUUCCAUCAUUCCUCUUAUCAUUUCCCAACCAAUUACAGAUAUCAACGGAGAAGUUCGUCCAUACAUGAUUUCUUGCACCCUCACGAUAUUCCCUUACUGGAUUGCUACAUUCGUCAUCGAUUUGGCCAUCUGGAUUAUUGAUGUAACUUUCAUUUGGAUUAUUUUCCUUGCCUGUCAAAUCCAAGCCUUCAUUGAUAACGCAUUCAACACAUGGUAUGCGCUUGUUCUUUGCGGACCAGGAUUCAUUCUUUUCAUUUAUUGUCUUUCAUUUUGUUUCAGUUCUGCUGAUUCUGCCUCUCGCCAAGCCUUUAUGAUGCUUUCCAUCCUUCUUCUUGUCCCAAUGAUUGUCGAUAUCGUUAGAAACAUGGAAGAUCCUCCUGUUUGGGUUGAUGUGAUUUAUUCUUUCCUUCCUCACAUAUCUAUCCAAAGAAUUCUCAUGUACAUGUUAUCAACAAUGGGAUUCUUCAAACAGGACCUUACUUAUUUCUUCAAACAUGAACGUUGCAGAAUUUAUCUUAUUAUGCAAUUCUGCGUCAUUGUUUUAUACAGUGUCAUUCUUUGGAUCAUCGAAAGUGUCCGUCUCAGUGUCCAGAAGCAUCGUGCUCAACAUGCUUUUGGUAAUUUCACUCAAUUCUUCAAAGAUCAGAAAGCAAAACAUCCUGUUACAGAAGAAGCCCAUCAAAUGGAAGAAAUGGUCAAUGAUACGAACAACAAAUACGCUGUUCGUAUUCACAACGCCAGCCGUCUCUUCUUCAACACGGCAGGAGAACCAAUUCCUGCUGUAAACUGUGUUUCUUUGGGUGUCAAGAAAGGAUCAUUGUUUGGUUUCUUGGGAGCGAACGGUGCAGGAAAAACAACAUUAAUUAGAAUGAUCACUGGUUUAUUACCUCCUUCUGAUGGAACAAUCGAAAUCAACGGUGUUUCCAUUGAAGAUUUCUAUGAUCCAACUUUGUUAUCAAUUUGUCCUCAAUUCAACACACAUCUUUGUGAUGAAAUGACUCCUGCUGAGCAUUUCAAACUUUACUCUAUGUUGUUCCAAAUGUAUGAUGAACAGGCGAAAGAAGAAACAGACAAACUCAUCAAAUUACUUGAAAUUGAAGAACUCAAAGAUAAACCAAUCAGAGAUUUAUCUGCUGGUGAUGUUAGAAAACUCGCAAUUGCUUUGUGUUUCCUUGGCCCUGCAGAGAUUAUUUUGCUCGAUGAACCAACAGCUCCUUUGGAUCCUGUAGCAAGAAAACACGUUCAUGAAAUGAUUUCUACUUUCAAAGGUGAGAAAACAUUCAUGUUGUGCACACAUCUUUUGAGUGAAGCUGAAUCUCUUUGCGAUGAAAUCUCAAUCAUGAUCAAAGGAAACGUUUACACUGUUGGAUCUCCACAGUAUUUGUCUCAGAGAUUUGGUACAGAGUUCAAGAUCGAUAUCUCUAUGACUGAAGGAACUGCUGACGCUAAAGCUAAAGUUGACAAUUUCUUCAAGGAAAAGAUUCCUCAGGCUGAGUUGUCAAUCAUGAGACCAAGAGCAAGAAUUUACUCUGUCCCUGCUACGUCAACAACAUUAUGCGAUUUGUUUGAUGUGAUGCAAAACGGAAAACAAGGAGAUAAUGGAUUUGACUACUACACAUGUUCAUCUUCUAGCCUUGAAAGAGUUUUCAUGGAAAUUGUUCACAUGUCUGAAUGCGAAGAUCUUGUCGUUGUAAACAAUGAUGAGAAAAAGAAAGAUGGAUCAAGAAGAAGCAGUGCAACAAAUGAUGGAGAAAAUCCUGCUUUCACUAUUGAUGACACAGAUACAAACGAACCACCUUCAUUGUAA